AUGCAGAACUUUAAUGGCAACUUUGACAAGCUAUGCACCGAAUUGCAAAGGAGCGUACUAGAAGAACUUUCACUCCCUGACUUGAUGUCCUUCGCAAAAACUAGAAUGGAGAAUAACGAAGGUGUAAAAGAAUAUAUGGAUGAGCAUCACAGAGCGUUAUUCAACAGAUUUGUGGAUGAUGUCGGUGCUUUCAUAAACCUGGUUGAGCGGACCAGAUCAGUUAUAUUGGGUUCAAGCACACUGCAUCUCUUUCAAGCAAAAUCGGACGCUCUUGGAUUGCAGGAUUUAGACGUGUGCGCCAUGCAAGAAUUUGAAGAAGCCAUGAUGAGCCACUUCAAGGACAUUGAGGAAUAUGAGUUGAUGAACACCGUUGUUCGAAAGACAGAAUAUGACUCAUCUGCAAUAAUGAAGAUUGUUAAACUCGCCAAAGGAAAGAAAAAAAUAGACGUAAUCAUCACCGACUGGGCAAGCGCCACCAUACCAAUCCUUCAAUAUCAUUCUACAGCGGUCAUGAAUUACAUGACUGCACAUACCCUGAUCUCCCUCUACCCAACCUGGACAGCAGAUAAAAAGAGUUUAGUAAAUCCAGCCAUAUAUAUGGACGACAGAACAAAUCUACACACAGUGAAUGUGUUGAUGAAAUAUGCCCAUCCCGUAUUCCACAUCAAUGCUGAACCAUUUCAUUUAGGAACGCACAAGUGUCGCCGGAAUGCGUAUUAUCCAGGCACUACCAGAAACACCAUAGACGAGAAUACGUUGCAUUGGGAAUUCAGCCCAAUGAAUAUGAUUGGACAGACAAAGAUCGCAUGCGACAAAAUGGCAGUUAUAUUGUGGCGUCUUGGGGGCGAUGAUUGUGAGGAAGGUGGAGAUGAAAGGAACAGCACAUACAUUGGUGUAACUGCCUAA